GGAAGUGAAGCACUCUGGGUAUUUUGUCGUCGCGUGUGUGCUGAGACUUGUUAACGUGAGAGUCACUAAUGAAGUGUGGCUGAGACACACUUUAUAAAUAAGUGGCAUUCUUUUUAAAAUAAUUAUUGAGAUGAGUCUCUUCAAAAUCUUAAAUUAAACAGGAUCAGCUGGUUACAUUACAUUCAUUUCGAUUAAUGGUCAACACAAACUAAUCACCAGAAAGGCUCCGAUGUCUAUGCGUGUUUUUAAAGUAUGGAUACGUUGGACAAGAAUAAAAGACUCCAGUUCUUGAAAAAAGCUGCUCUUCAUGUCCAAGAUAUUUGUCAAGAGGAAGCUCGUUUUCUAAUGUGUAUGUACCAGAAAUCACCAGGUAAAGAUGAAGAAGGAAAAAGUAUUUGUCCUCACUGUUUUCAAUUUCGGCUUCCUGGAUCCUUCAGAAUGCGUCUCAAACCAAAAAACAAGCUUAAUCCAAGAGUGCAGUCUGUAUUGAAAAGAGAAGCGGCUCAUAAACCACUGAGUCUAAAGCAUGUUAAAAUCCUGCAGAAGUACAAAAAUUCUACUGGUCAGAUGUUGGUUACCUGCUACAACUGUAACAAGAUGUCUAGACACUCAGGAGUGACAAGAGAUUUCUUAAGCACCUUCUCUAAUCCACACACCCCCAGCAAUGUGUUCAAACGUAGAUCAGGUGUUUCUACACCACACUCCUCCGGGAAAGGAACUAGUUGUAAUAUUGUAUCCAAAGGCAAGAGUCCUGCUUCUACACCCAGGCUAGCAAAAUCAGCUUCCAGUACACCUUCUCCAUCUACCAAAUCUGGCAGUGCAAAGAAGUUCCCCUUCUCGCAUCUCAAAAUGCUCCUGAACCUUGAAGAAAAACAGAAAAGCAAAAUAGGAGGACUUCAAGAUUUCCUUUCUUCACUUUGAUGUUUGAUAAAAGUUCUUUUUGAGCUAAUAAUUUGGUCAGAAAGCUGUAGUAACUUGGCUGCUAAUAAGUAAGAUGACAUACCAGUAUGUUAGUGGUGUGGCAUUCCUUUGGUUUUGCCCUUUUAGAGUCAAGUCACUUGGACUUGGUUUUCUCAAAUUUGAGUGUGUUAUUUAAGUGAGUUCCAUUCUUAACAGAAAAUAUAAAACUAUUAAAAACAAAUACACACAAAGUUGUAGGUUGGGAAAUUAAAAAACAAGAAUAUUAGUCACUUGAUGGGGUCCACCAUCUGAAUUGAUUUAUGUGGAGUUUUAUUUUACAGAUGAGAAAAUAGAGAACCUUAAGAGAACUGAGGGACAGUGUUCCUAAUUGCAGCUUAAUGGCUUUGAAAUGUUGAGCUCAUGAUGUGCUUUUUUUGUAUUAUAUAUUUUUUCUGAUUGUUAAAUAAAAAUAAAGAAAUUGAAAUUGUUUUAUUGUAGAAGGUGUCACAUGUCAGUGUC